CACGAUCAGGAGGAAAGGGUCAGAAGCACUUAGACAAGCACCGCCUGCACGUUUCUCGAGUCUUCAACCACAAGUUUGGCUUCAGCUACCAUUUUUAAUACUUGACUCGCACUCUUGUGUUAUACUCUGUGGAUGAUAUUGGUUGACAAGUGUUUGUCUCGUCACUGCUAAGCAACGUGUUUUUACCAGAUUCUAGAAGUAACGGUCAGCGGAGGAGCUCAGCUAGCAGCAGCUAUAACGAGGCUAAAGCAGGCUAGCUAACGUUAGCUAGCGACCUGGCUAGCUGCACACGAGCUGAGCAUUGCUCGGUGGUGCGGUGGGGGGGCGGUGUGCCUACAGUGUCGUUUGAUGGAUCCGAGAAUCGCCUGGUUUCAACCAGAACAACGUGGACCCGCUAACAACCUGUGGAUGCAGAUUUGGGAGACGACACAGGGGCUCGGCUAUUUGCAUGUAAAUAACAGCUACACCACUGGAUCUCAGAGCACGUCGAGUCUGAAAGCGACCAUAAACGGGGCGUCGGGAGCUGUCCUCACCAGCAGAAACGGGGACUCAAACACUGGUAGUGGAGAAGCCAAGACUCAGGGGAUGUCGGCCUCAAUGGGGGACGGAGAAUUAAACGAACAACGGGAUUUUAUACCACUGGAAACCAAUAGCAACCGCAACAACCGAGCUGCUGGCAGGGGCGGUGUCAGCGGAGGGGGGCAGCAGCAGGGCAGCGGGGUCGCCGUGCUGUGGAGGGGACUCACGGACGGGCACCCCAACAAAAGAAAAAGAGACAACAAAGCUAGCACUUUCGGAUUCAAUUCCAGCCUCUUGAACAGUGGCAGCGGCACGGGAGACUAUGACGGUUACACGGGCACGCCAUGGAAAGACAGGAACUACUCAGAAGGGAUUGUGGGGUUACACGAGGAGAUCAAUGACUUCUACGAGUACAUCUCCCCACGGCCAGAGGAGGAGAAGAUGAGGCUGGAGGUGGUGGACAGAAUCAAGGGAGUCAUCCACGACCUGUGGCCCAGUGCCGAGGUCCAAGUGUUUGGGAGUUUCAGCACUGGUCUUUAUCUGCCAACAAGUGACAUUGACCUGGUCGUUUUUGGGAAGUGGGAGACGCUCCCACUCUGGACAUUGGAGGAGGCUCUACGGAAGAGAAACGUUGCUGAUGAGAAUUCCAUCAAAGUUUUGGACAAGGCCACGGUCCCCAUCAUUAAACUGACGGAUUCUUUUACCGAGGUCAAAGUGGACAUCAGCUUCAAUGUGAAAAGUGGAGUUAAAGCCGCUCGGCUCAUCAAGGAAUUCAAAGAGAAAUACCCUGUGCUGCCUUACCUGGUCCUGGUGCUGAAGCAGUUCCUCCUGCAGAGGGACCUCAAUGAGGUUUUUACUGGUGGAAUUGGCUCUUACAGUCUCUUUCUCAUGGCUGUCAGCUUCCUGCAGCUUCACUACAGGGAAGAUGUGUGCAAUCCCAACAUCAACAUUGGUGUUCUGCUCAUUGAAUUCUUCGAGCUCUAUGGUCGCCACUUCAACUACCUGAAAACCGGCAUCAGGAUAAAAGAUGGAGGUUGUUACGUUGCCAAAGAUGAGGUCCAGAAGAACAUGAUGGAUGGAUACAGACCCUCCAUGCUCUACAUUGAGGACCCACUGCAACCAGACAACGAUGUUGGCCGGAGUUCAUACGGUGCCAUGCAGGUGAAGCAGGCAUUCGACUACGCCUAUGUUGUGCUCAGUCACGCAGUGUCGCCCAUUGCCAAGCACUACCCCAACAAUGAAACCGAGAGCAUACUUGGCCGAAUAAUCCGUGUGACUCAAGAAGUGGAUGAAUACAGGGAAUGGAUCCGAAAGAACUGGGGGAGCCCGUCUCAGAAUGAUCUGCCACUCAACAGAAAUGAUGUCGCGCUGUUUGAGUCCCAGCAGCUCGAUGAGUGCAACAACAACGUUCCAAAUGAUGAUGAUGAUGAUGUUGUGGUUCUACCAUCAGCUCCCCACAGCAAAACCUCCUCUAACUCUUCCUCUCCAUCCCCUUCACUUCGCUCCUCUCCCUCCUCUUCUCCGCUGUCGCCGUCUUCCACGACAUCCACCUCCACAUCAAGCGAUGCAGACUCUGAUGGCACACCAUGUAAGACAGCCAAGCAGCAGUCUGGCAGGGGAUCCAGCACCCACCGAGAGAAGUCUGCUGUCGUCAGUAAUCACCGAACACAGAGCCACAAUACCAGCACUCCACCCGGAAACAACAAAGGAGGAAAGGCAAGGAUGUCUCGUUCUCACCAUAAGAGCGGCCACCACGGACAGCAGAACUCCUCCUCCAGCACCAAAAGUCAUCCGAGCAACAAGCCACACCACCAGGGCAACAGCAAGAAGAGGAAAAAUGUGCGUGACUCUACACAAGAGGACCUCUGCAGAUAGGGGUAACUUAACUCGCCCAUCCUUGUCUGCAACUGACUGUCCCACUUCUGCUGCCAGACUCCAGCCUCGGGAGGUUGUUAGUAGUAUUAUAACACCUGCAGAAUCUGUCCCUCUGUCAGGCUUUUCAGGGUGACAAGCAACAAUUCCUUGCAGGAAAAAAAACAACAAAAAAAGAAUUGUCAUUGGAAAUGGGUUUACUGAACUGAAAUCACCAAGAGUAAAAGCUCAUUUGCUUCCCAACAGCUUCUUUUAUGGAGCAGUUUUUCCUUCCCACAGCCAGCACCUACUCAACAUGCCUCUUGCACCUCCUGCUGUACAGGAAUAGACAGGUCAGGUGUCUGGAAUGGACUCUGGAGCAAUACCUGGAACUGCUGGGUGGAAAAUAGGAUCAAAAAUUUUAUCAAAAAAAAAGAAGAAAAAAGCAAAUGGCUUAAAAUGUACAAAAACAAAAAUGUUAUGUUGAAAAACCAACAAACAUGUACACAGAUUUUUUUUAAGAGGGUAACUUACAAAUGCAAUCAGUAAGAGUGGGACAUAACUUAUGCAUGAGAUUUUUUUGUUGGUUGAUUUUUCUGUUGGUUGAAUCUGUUUUGUUAUGUCUUAACAGAUUAUACAAAGAUUUGUACAAAAAAUGCAUAAGCAAAAAAAAAAAUGUUUAAAAACAAUAAGUAAGAAGAAAUUGUUUCAUAUGACAUUUUUACAAGAUUACCGGUUGAAGUCAUGUAAACAUGCACAUCUUGUGCCCGCUGCUUUUUGGCUAAAGCCAAGAGCUGGUUCGGUUCCCAUUGCCAACAGAAAUCAUCAGCAUAUACUUUUACUCCUGGUUGCUCUCUGUGAGUGUGCUACUGUGUAAACAUUUAGCCCUGAGUGAGCUAGUGCUCAUGUUACAGCCCUAUAGAUGACUGGAAGGAGCGCAGUCCCUCCUCCAACUCAAUAGCACAGCCACACCAGUGUAGAGGCUUUAAGACUACAGGUUUGAAUAAAUAAGGGGUGAUAAUGGUUUUAUUGUAAAAUCCUACACUUGAAAUGUGUCACCAACAUGACUGUGGGCGAUAAUCUGUUUCUUUGGUAAAUCACCACCUACAAAAUCAUUUGUAUUUGUUAAAUGUAUUUAUUUUUUUAUUAAUUAUAUGAACAUAGUAUGGAUAAAUGUAUUAUUAACAUUAGAGCCCAUAUCUUUGAGUCCUAUAUUUGAAAUAGGAUAAAUUGCAGGGGAGGUGGGGUGGGGCGGGAACAGGUAUAUUCAGGUACAGUAAAAUACCACCUUUUAUUAUUUCACUGGAUUGUUUAUUUUUUGUUUGUUUUCUCAGUGACAGUUGAGUGACCAAGUUACUUUGAAAAAUUUAAGAGACCAUUUUACAAGUCAUGUGGUGAGAAUUUUGUUUUAAUAUCUGACUGGUCUACUUAUUCUAAAAGGGAGCUGAUCCCCCCCUUCCCCUCCCCAAUUUAUAAAUUACAGCAACAAAAUGUCAGUCCCCUUGUGAUAAUGCAGUACAACAACUAACCUGUAGAUGGAGUCAUUGUUCUAUGUCUUAAGCCACACAGUUUGGGCUUGUAUACUGCAUUUGGACAUAAUUUUUGUGAUUGACAGAUAAUAAUUAGAUAUCUUGCCAAAUGGGCCGCUGCACAUAGAAAACCUGUCAAGCUGAGUGCUUGCUUGGAGGGAGAAACACACCAAAGCACAGUGCAAUCCCCUCGUUGUCUCUCUCAAAAACGUGAUGAGAAUCACCCACUGUAAACAAGUAGCCAGCAAUAACCACCACCUUCCAGUUAUCAGUGCAACUCCACAGUAACUACUGUUGCUACACAAUGUGAUGCUCACAACUGAGCAAGAUUAAUAUUAUGUGUUAGGACAGGAAGCACAUUUGAUUCCACUUACAGCCUGUUAAAGUACGGUUCCACACUCCUCAUCCACCAGUCCUACAGUUGCGGUUAAAAUGCAGUAUAUAAGUGCUGGUCUUGUGGUCGACAGACGAGGAGAAAGGUGAAUCAAAUUAGCCGUGCCAUCUGAAUGUCCACUGAUCAUCUCUCUCCACUGCAAGAAGGCUUCAAAAUCCACUGUACUCAUCUGAAACGUUUCUCUGCAGCUAUUACAAUCCAUGCAAUAAAAACGAUCCCAUCAAACCA